AUGUCACACUGUAUCCUCCCGGGAGGUCCAACUCUUCUUCACGGUGCCACCUCGACACUGCUUCUCCUGACCCUGUUCUGCCAGCUGGCCGUUGCCCAGAAAGGCCGGAAAAAGGUUGUACAUGUCUCAGAGGAUGACAGUGGCGCCGUCGUGGUGCAGACGGCCCCGGGCAAGGUGGUGACCCACCGCGGCGGGACGAUCGUCCUCCCUUGCCGCUUCCACUACGACGUGUCGGCCCACGACCCCGACGAAAUCCGCCUGAAGUGGACCAAGAUGGCGGACCCCCUGUCGUUCGAGGACGUCUUCGUGGCCAUGGGCAAACAGCGCAAGGCCUUCGGGAGCUACCGGGGCCGCACUGCCCUGCAGGAGGACGAUGCCGGGGACGCCUCGCUCAUCAUCCGGAACGUCACCCUGCAGGACUACGGGCGCUAUGAGUGCGAGGUGACGAACGAGCUGGAGGAUGACGCGGGGAUGGUGAAGUUGGACCUGGAAGGGGUGAUCUUCCCGUACCACCCACGGCUGGGCCGCUACACCCUGAACUUCCACGAGGCACAGCAAGCGUGCCUGGAGCAGGAUGGGAUCCUGGCUUCCUAUGACCAGCUGCACGAGGCCUGGCUGGAAGGGAUGGACUGGUGCAACGCUGGCUGGUUAGAGGAUGGGUCGGUGCAAUACCCCAUUUCCAAGCCCAGAGAGGAAUGUGGGCAGAAGGAGACCCCUGUUGGAGUGAGGAACUACGGAUACCGGCACAAAGAUGACGAGCAUUAUGACGCAUUCUGCUUUACUUCCAACCUUAAUGGCAAGGUCUACUUUUUGAAGACCUAUCGGAAGCUGAGCUUCCCCGAGGCUGUCCAGGCCUGCAAGAAGAACGGCGCCGUGGUGGCCAAGGUGGGUCAGCUCUACGCCGCUUGGAAGAUCCAACUGCUGGACAAGUGCGAGGCCGGCUGGGUGAGCGACGGCAGCAUCCGGUACCCCAUCGUCAACCCACGGUCGCGGUGCGGAGGCAGGGAGGCCGGAGUCCGCAACCUGGGCUUUCCGGACAAGAAAUACAAACUCUUUGGCGUUUACUGCUACAAGGCCGCAGACAGCACGGAGCCCAAGAAGACGGAAAAAGACGGGCCUGGGAGGUGGAAACCAUUCCAGGUGUAG